AUGGACCCCCCCGAGCAGCUGCACGCGCUCGUGCUCGAGCUGUCGUCGCCCGAGCAGCGCGAGAGUGCGCUCCUGGAGCUCAGUAAGAAGCGCGAGGAGUUUGCAGAGCUCGCGCCGAUCCUGUGGCACUCGGUCGGGACCGUUGCUGCUCUUCUGCAAGAGAUUGUGGCGAUUUACCCACUUUUGUCGCCGCCGCAGCUCACGGCGCACGCGUCGAACCGCGUGUGCAAUGCACUGGCGCUGUUGCAGUGCGUGGCGUCACAUGCCGAGACGCGCACGCACUUUUUAAACGCGCACAUUCCGUUGUAUUUGUACCCAUUUCUUAACACCGUGAGCAAGAAUCGACCGUUCGAGUACUUGCGCCUGACAAGUCUCGGCGUGAUUGGCGCGCUCGUAAAGAUUGAUGACUCGGACGUCAUUAACUUUUUGCUGCAGACAGAGAUCAUCCCGCUCUGUCUCCGCAUCAUGGAAGCUGGGAGCGAACUGUCCAAGACCGUGGCGACGUUCAUCGUGCAAAAGAUUUUGCUGGACGACAUGGGGCUCACGUACAUUUGCCACACGCCCGAGCGGUUCUACGCAGUGGGCACAGUGCUGAGCAAAAUGGUGGCGACGCUGGUCGAAGCGCCUGCUCCACGACUGCUCAAGCACAUUAUCCGCUGCUACCUGCGACUGUCGGACAAUCCACGUGCAAAAGAAGCCCUUCGUCAAUGCCUGCCAGAAGCGCUACGUAAUCACACGUUUGACGAGGCGCUGAAAGAAGAUGCGACCACAAGUCGCUGGUUGGCACAGCUGUUGUACAACAUUAGCGCUGAUACCAAUGUGGGCGCUGCUGCGGGUGCGAGUCAGGAGCCACGUCUGUUUACGUAA